GGCUGAUAGGGUCCCAGAUUCCCACCAAGACUUCUCCCAUUAUUACCUCGUUCACUGGCUUUUCACACUUUUUUUUUUAAUCUCACACUUUUUGGAGCACCGGGGCCACCAUGAAUCCGCCCUGUGGGAGAUGCAAUAAGCCAGUGUACCCAACAGAAAAAAUCAACUGCCUUGACAAGUACUGGCACAAAGGUUGCUUCAGCUGUGAGGUGUGCAAGAUGGCCUUGAGCAUGUCAAACUACAAAGGCUUCGAGAAGAAACCCUACUGCACCAUGCAUUAUCCUAAAACCUCUUUCACCAUCGUUACGGACACUCCAGAGAACCUGCGGCUCAAACAACAGAGCAUGCUCAACAGUCAGGCGCUCUAUAAGGAGGACUUUGAAAAGAACAAGGGGAAAGGUUUCAGCGUGGUGGCCGACACUCCCGAGAUGCAGAGAGUGAAGAAGACACAAGACCAGAUCAGCCACGCGCUUUACAAAGAGGACUUUGAGAAGAACAAGGGGAAAGGGUUCAGCGUGGUGGCCGACACCCCGGAGAUGGCCCGGCUGAAGAAGACGCAGGACCAGAUCAGCAACAUAAAGUACCACGAAGAGUUUGAGAAGAGCAAGAUCCGAAGCGACGCACCUCCUCCUGAAAACAGACAAGAUUAUGAAAGCCAGCAACCCAACCUUGUGGGAGCCAGUCAACCACUCAGGCCUGGUCCUGCAGCGCCGCCUGCUGGAGGGAAGCGUUACCAGGCCCUGUACAGCUACGUGGCGGCAGAGCCGGACGAGGUUUCCCUCCAGGAAGGCGACCUGAUCUCAGACGUGGAGCCCAUCGACGACGGCUGGGUGUUCGGAUGCAACCAGCGCACGGGCCAGCGGGGCAUGCUGCCCGCCAACUACAUCCGAUCCGUGUGAGGCCGGGGAAGCGAGACGCCAGCGACGUGCCAAUCGGGCCUUUUGGAAGCGAAAACUGCAGUUUUAAAAGCGUUUCUGCUCGACUCUGCUCCGCUUUGAUCCUUUCGAUUACAAGGACACUUUACAUAAAAGUCACAAAAAUUCAACCGCAUAACAUGAAACUGAAAUUCGACAAAAUUUUUCACCCAUUUGCUUUUUAUGUUUCUCAGGUAACAUUUUUCUUUUUACGUUUGUGGUUUUCAGCAGUAAUACGGCAUACAAUCAAAUAAAACUUAAGUCUUCCAUCAAUAACUGCCUCUGAACCUACAAAAUUUAAGAUUUCAAACUCUUCUCAAUUAAAAAGUGGAUUAUUUUACUGUG